UGUCUCUCUCUCUCCCCACCAUCCUUUGCUGGAGUUCUGUUUAAGGAUGUAUUUGUACAGCAGGCAUCUUGAUUUUUUCCAGUGGCUACUCAGCCUCCUUAUACAAUGUGCCAUCUUGUCUCUGGUCACUAGCUCACAACUUGGAGGUACUAAUACAGAUGUGUUCCUGGUGUAUAGCCCUGAUGUGGGGGGAUGUUUGGAGUCCCGUGAUCCGGGAGUUCGUAUGGUCCGGCCUUGUAACACAAGCUCCCCCACCCAGCAGUGGAUAUGGGUAUCUCGCAGACGGCUUUUUAAUUUGGGCUCUUUAAAAUGCUUGUGGGUACCAUCUCCUAUCAAUGGUUCCUCCUCUACCAUCUCCACCUACUCAUGUGAUCAUGAGAACUUUCAUACCAUCCGGCGGUGUGAAUCUCAACUGGAGCAGCUUAGCAGUUUUCUUCUACCAAAGCCCAGAAAUAUCACUGGCCUGCAGCAGCCACCAACAAAGACAGCCAAUCAAUGGGUAAUUUAUGGAACCAACAAAAGCAUCUGCUCAGCUUUAUACCUAGAUAUCUACACCAUCCAAGGUAAUUCUAAUGGGCGCCCAUGUGCCAUCCCCUUUAAGUAUGACAAUCAGUGGUUCUACAGCUGCACAAGCACUGGCCGAGAAGAUGGUCAUCUCUGGUGUGCAACAACUGUGGACUAUGGCAAAGAUGAAAAAUGGGGAUUCUGCCCUGUUAAAAGUGAUGACUGUGAAGCUUUCUGGGACAAAGAUCCCCUCACCCGGAGCUGCUACCAGUUUAAUUUCCAGUCAGCGCUGUCAUGGAGUGAGUCAUGGACUAGCUGCCGGCAACAGAACGCUCACCUUCUCAGCAUCAGCGAGAUAUAUGAGCAGACCUACAUUAAUGGAGGGAGAGAACAACUGUUCAAACGCACAGACACAGAUCAUAACAAGCUAGAACUGGGAACUUUAUAUUCUAACAAAGAGAAAAUUCAUGUCAAAGAAUUAAAACUUUGGUGGGACAUUGAAUUCUUGGAACAUUAUCUAGAAGAAAAGAAAAUCCUGAGGGGAUUAAGAAUGAAAAAAUUUCCAGCUUUUCAUAAAGAUUUCCCAGAAUUCAUGAUUUCAUGGAAUGAGUCCCUGACUGAAUGUUCUCUCAUACUAAUGGAAAAAUUGGUCAAAUUCAAGAAGGAACAGAGAGAAGGUAUUUUAUCAGAAAUUGAAAAUUUGGAUAAAGAACUGGAAAAAUUUAAGGAUGAUGAGAAAAUCAUACCCUUUCAGAAGCAAUUAGAUGAAGCUCUGGACAAACUUAACACUGAAUUAUCCGAUAAUAAAUAUAAAACGUAUGAGAGGGAUGCAAAGGAUUACGACUUUGGCAUAGUUUAUAAUUCUGACCUAGCCAUAGAGUGUGACCCUGGCUGGCAGAGUUUUGGGAAAUACUGUUACCGUCUAAACAGUGAGAAGAAGAUUUGGCAAGAUGCCAGACGGGCAUGUGUAAGGCUAGAGGGAGAGCUAGUUAGUGUGCAUACCCUACUGGAACUGGACUAUGUCAACAAACAAAUAAAACAAGAUGUGGAGGAGCUGUGGAUAGGGCUGAAUGAUCUCAAGAGGCAAAUGCAUUUUGAAUGGUCAGAUGCAAGUACCGUCACCUUCACAUCCUGGCAUCCAUUUGAGCCCAACAACUUCAGAGACAGCCUGGAAGACUGCGUCACCAUCUGGGGGCCGGAGGGUAAAUGGAAUGAUAGCCCCUGUAAUCAAACACUGCCGUCCAUCUGCAAGAAGCUUGGGCAGGUCGCCCAGGUCAGCAAAGACGAUAACCAUGGAUGCCAAAAGGGGUGGAAGUGGCACAGCCCAUCCUGCUACUGGCUGGGUGAGGAUCAAUUGACUUACACUGAAGCCACCAAAGCCUGCAGUGACCGCUCAGCCAAACUUGUCACUAUCACAAACAGGUUUGAUCAGGCCUUUGUUAAUAGUCUUCUCUAUGGUUCUGAUGAGAGUUACUACUGGACAGCCCUACAGGAUAUGAAUUCGACAGGAGUGUUCAGCUGGCUCAGUGGAGAGGAAGUGAUUUACACACACUGGAACCGUGAUCAUCCAGGCUAUGAACGAGGGGGUUGUGUGGCGUUGGCAACAGGCCGGUCACUUGGUCUCUGGGAGGUGAAGGAUUGUAAUGAGUUCAGAGCAAAAUACAUGUGUAUGCAGAGACUGCUCACUCCAGUCACACCACUCACACCUUCCAUUCCCACCCCCAGCCUAAACGGAAGUUGCCCAGAUGACUGGAACUCUGCACCAAACUUGAGGCACUGUUACAAGGUUUAUCAUUCAGAGAAAUUACAGGACAAAAAGGCCUGGAUCUCAGCCCAGCUUUCCUGUCGUGAGAUUGGUGCUCAGCUUCUCAGCAUCUCCAGUGUGGAGGAAGAACAUUUUGUGGCACAUUUGCUGAACAAAAUUUUUGGAGAAUCGGACCCUGAAAUACACGAACAACAUUGGUUCUGGAUUGGUCUGAACAGACGGGAUCCCAGUGGUGACAAUAACUGGGUUUGGAGUGAUGGACUGGGUUAUUCCUACCACAACUUUGAUCGCAGCAAUCAUGAUGAUGAUGACAUUCGAAGGUGUGUAGUACUGGACCUUUCAUCCUUACAGUGGUUGGCUCUGGAGUGUGAAUCUUCGAUGGACUGGAUCUGCAAGCUACCCAAAGGAACAGAGAUAAAACAACCAGAAGUAACUGAAGGAAGCAGAGAAUGGGUGCAAUAUGAGGGUGCUGAGUACAAGUUCUUUGAGCAUCAUUCAACUUGGGUGCAAGCUCAACGGAUCUGCACAUGGUUCCAAGCUGAGUUGGUAUCCAUCCACAACCAGAAUGAACUGGACUUCCUUGGUCAAAAUCUGCAGAAGUUCUCACGAGGUCAGGAACAACACUGGUGGAUUGGCUUGCACACAUAUGAGAAUGAUGGCCGGUUUAGAUGGUCAGACGGGUCUGUGUUAAGCUUUGUGUCCUGGGCAACAGGUCGACCACGUCCCUACACUAGGGAGAAAAAAUGUGUGUACAUGACAGCCAGCCGAGAGGACUGGGGUGACCAGAAGUGUGUUACAGCUCUCCCCUAUAUCUGCAAAAGGAGCAAUGACACAGUCCCGCAGCCUCCAGUUCCUUCAAUAUCACCUCCUACAGCAGGAGGGUGUCCCCGAAGCUGGUUGCCGUUUCUCAACAAGUGCUUUGGAGUGAGAGCAGAUAGCAAAGCUGAACUGAAGACAUGGCAGCAAGCAAGGGAUUCAUGCAAAGUCUUAGGAGGGGAGCUUGCCACAAUCAGCAACUAUCUGGAGCAAGCUUUUAUCACAUCCAUUAUUCCCACUAUAUCAUUUGACUUAUGGAUUGGUCUCCACAACAACCGCAGGAAGUUCCAAUGGGCGGAUGGUCAGCCUUUGAGCUAUACCAACUGGGCUCCCAGGGAACCAUCUGGAUAUGGUCCAUCCAGCAGCAGUGACAAACCGAUUAACUGUGCUGUGGUCUGGCAUGGGCCCCCAUCUCUGUUCACCGGACGCUGGGAUGACAGGAACUGCUUGGAGGAAAAGCAAGGAUACAUUUGCCAGAUUAGCAAAGUCCCCACACUAAACCCCCCUUCUGAGCCCUUUCCUCCUCCCCCUGGCUCCACCCUUUCAUACAGGAACAAUUCCUACCUGAUCCUACAGAAGCCGAUGAGCUGGUCAGAUGCUCGUUUGCUAUGUGAAACCCGGAAUGCCACACUGAGCAGCAUCCUUGACCCCUUCCAGCAGGCAUAUCUGACCAUGGCUGUUACUGGCCUACAGACCCCUCUGUGGAUUGGACUGUCCAAUGAAGAGGGUGGACGGUCCCACACCUGGCUAACAGAUAAUGUCCUCAGUUACACCAACUGGAGGGAUGGAGAGCCUCAACACCUCAGUGCGUGUGUAUAUAUGGAUUCCAAAGGAACAUGGAGCACAGCAAGCUGUGAAAGCAAGCUGCAAGGAGCUAUCUGCAGCUACAAUGUUGAGUCAGUGAAGGCUCACAAGUGGAGCUCAGCUGGGACUUGCCCGAGGUCUUUUGGAGAAACUUCCUGGAUUGCUUUCCGUGAUUACUGUUAUUCUUUCCACAUGGAGGUCAGUGUAAGCCAGAAGGAGGCGGCCAAGAGAUGCCAGAAAGUUGGUGGAGAGGUUCUGUCCAUUUCUGAUGAGACAGAGAAUGUUUUUGUGUGGGAACAUCUACAGACAUAUGAGAGUCAGUCCAAAGGAGCUUGGCUUGGCAUGUCUUUCAAUACUAAAGGGGGGGCCCUUGUCUGGAACGAUAACACUCCAGUGAAUUACUCUAACUGGGGGCAGCAAGACACAGGCCCCAGUCUACUGAGUCCCAACUCUUGCUACUGGAUUCAGGGCAGUAAUGGUGUGUGGAGCCUUGGAUCUUGCACUAACAUCAGCAUGGGAGUAAUCUGCAAACUCUCCAGAGAGGGAGAGACAGAUUUUGUUAAAUCUGCUCUUCCAGAGCACACCACGGCAGUAGUCGUAGUUGUCCUGUCCACCUUAGCACUAAUUGUACUGAUUGUUGUCAGCAUCUACUUGUACCGGCGCAGGAAGCAAGAGGCUAAGAGAGGAGCCUUUGAGAGUGCCAGAUACAGUCGUACCAACUCCAGCCCGGGGAGCUCUGCAGAGAAAAACAUCUUAGUGUCUGACAUGGAAAUGAACGAGCAGCAAGAGUAGUACAGACAGUAAAGGGACCAAAUGUACAGAAGGGAUCAAGGCUCUGAAUUUACAAACUACCAACAGACCUGACCCACACGGACAUUACGCUAUUGAGGGUGCAGGAUGCCCCUUUCCUGAAAUUAAUUUGUACCUAAAUGGUGCUGGAUGUGGCUGCAAAGCUUUGCUGUGCAACGUAUUGCAGCCCCUUCCAACAUUAAUAAACUGGAGUCACAACCUGGGAAAACCCUGGCCAAAUCCCUACAUCUCUAAACCAGGUUUAUUAUAGGAAUUGCAGGUGGGGGUAGCAGAUAUGGGUAGAGGGCUUCUACAAACUUACUUUUAAGUAAGGAGGAGACUAAAUUACAGUUAAGAACAUGUACAGCUCAUGCUGUUAAAUCUGAAAGAUCUGGACCAUUGUACAGUGAACAUAGCCUGUUCAUUUCUAGUAGAGUAUAAGAGAAAGAUUAAAUCAUGCCCCUACCACAUUGCAAAACCCUUAAUCCAGGAUACUUGUGUUCAUUGCAUCUUUCACAUCCCAUCAUCACCCUCCAUUAUUUCUCCUAUAAACUCCUCUGAAACACUAAAUUAGAGAUAACUUGCCUGUGCUAAUUUUUACAGUAAAAACAUUCCUCUGUACAUGCACCAUUUAUCUCCAUGUGUGAUGCCACCCACCUUCCUCUGUUUGUUUUUCUGCAUUGUGUGAUAUUUUCAUCCUGUAUAAUUUAAUCACCUCGUGAUGUCAUCUCCUUGUACCAUUUUGUCAUUGCUAUGUAAUAUGUGUGACAUCAUCUCUGCACUCACUGAUACCAGCUACAAAUCCAGGUGCUUUGAUUUGUAUGGUGGCCAAACUCAACCAUUUCUUUGUUGGUUGUUAUAUAGCACUGAGCCAGAAAAGCUGUGGGUGCAAUAGCCCAUAAAGUUACACAAGCAACUUUCAUAUAUCUGUGCAACACCAUUCCAUAUCUUCUCUCACUUUUUAAAGAAUAUAAAAAGUUUUUACAAAGUAUUUUUUUUGACUGGAAACAUAAAUCUGGACUUGUGGAGAGUGCUUAACAUGUCUGCUUUCCCCUAUAAACUUAAAUUUUGUUUAUGAGAGCACAAAAUCCAAGGCUUAGAAACUUCUUCCAGGAACACAGUGUUUAAUCCACUUGAGACAGUGACUACCAGGAAAUUCAUCCCACAUUGUUGACAUGUCUUGGAAGAUACCAUAUGGGGUUUAUAAACACUGACCUCUCCUGCCAGGACUUAUAAGCAGGUCCAGUGAAAGCCAUCUCAAAGCACAACAAUGCGCUACAGCUCCUGGAGUGAAGCCCAGGGCCUAGCUAGCUCUUAAGUAUGUGAUUUUAAAGACUCUAUCUUUAUGUAUAUACCUUUAUGUCUAUGUCUGGCAUACUGGUAAAAUGAAAUUGCAAUAAACGUGAAAGCAAUCACCCAUUUAA